AGUGGGAGGGGGCUGGCCGGGGAGGGGGGUUGCUCUAGGUGAGGGGGAACUGCAGGGCCCCAGUUGCCAAGUGGCUGGUAGUAUCUGUCAGCUGUCUGCACACUGUUUACCCAUAGGGGAUCUAUUACAAGUGCUCAGAUGAACGGGCCGCUUAGAAACUAGCAGCUUCCUGGGAGCUGCAAUUACAUAAGCAUAUAUUUUUAAUAUAAUAAUAAUUAAAAAACAAGUAGCAGCGGUAUGCCUGGAUCAGCUACAGCUCUCCGGCAAGAGAGACUGAAGAAGACCAAUGCAAGGCCAGUUCCCCUUGGUUUAUUCACCAUUAAUGAGGAAGAUGAACAGCAAAAGAAUGGAAAUUCCAGAAGACUGAAAGCACCUGACAGCUACAAAGUGCACGAGAAGAAAACUGCUGUCUCCAACCGGCCCCACUCUGCUAUUUCAGGACAAAAUAGCAACCACUCAGGAAAUAAGCCAGACCCUCCACCUGUGCUACGGGUUGAUGACCGGCAACGACUGGCCCGGGAGCGACGAGAGGAGAGGGAAAAGCAGCUGGCUGCGAGAGAGCUGCUGUGGUUGGAGAAGGAGGAGCGGGCCCGGCAGCACUACGAGAAGCACCUGGAAGAGAGGAAGAAGAAGCUGGAAGAGCAGAGGCUGAAGGAAGAGCGGAGGAGGGCUGCUGUGGAGGAAAAGAGAAGGCAGAGACUAGAGGAGGACAAGGAGCGCCAUGAAGCUGUCGUACGGCGCACGAUGGAAAGGAGCCAGAAGCCAAAACAGAAGCAUAACCGGUGGUCAUGGGGAGGCCCUCUCCAUGGCAGCCCCCGCAUUCACAGUACAGGUGGUUUUGUUGAAUCAUCAUUCACCUUUCUCGAUUUAGCAGGCCUGGACCACCACUUCACAACUUUUGGUGGUACUAGAAAAUCUGAUCCAGACAGGCGGUCAGUUUCCACCAUGAAUCUUUCGAAACAUGUUGAUCCGGUCAUUAGCAAGCGGCUCUCCUCUUCAUCUGCAACUUUACUAAAUUCUCCAGAUAGAGCUCGCCGCCUGCAACUCAGCCCCUGGGAGAGCACCGUUGUUAACAGACUGCUGACGCCCACACACUCGUUCCUGGCCAGAAGUAAAAGCACAGCUGCCUUGUCUGGAGAUGCAGCAUCUUGCAGCCCCAUCAACAUCAUGCCCUACAAAGCUGCACACUCUAGAAAUCCAAUGGAUCGAACAAAAUUCUUAGGAACGUCACCCGAGGGCUCAGCACGCCGGAGGACUGUUCACGGCACAGCGGGCCAUAAAAGAGAGAGGGAGAGAGAAAACGUGCCCUUCCACCUCACAUCCGGCAUCCGAAGGGCUUGGUCUCCAUCUCACCCCAAAGCCAGAUCACCAGCUUCCUCCCGACUGUGGCUUCCAUCCAAGUCCCUUCCUCACUUGCCUGGCACACCCAGGCCUGCAUCUUCCUUGCCUCCCGGGUCGGUCAAAGCUGCCCCUGCUCAGGUCCGGCCCCCGUCCCCUGGCAACAUCCGCCCUGUCAAGAGAGAAGUCAGAGUGGAGCCUGAGAGAAAAGACCUGGAGAAGGAACCUCAGAAAGUUGCCAAUGAGCCCUCGCUGAAGGGCAGAGCACCUUUAGUGAAGGUAGAAGAAGCCACAGUUGAAGAGGGGACACCUGGUGAGCCAGAGGCUGCCUCUGCUGCUCCAGUCCCAGCUCUGGCCCCAGCUCCAGUCCCAGCCCCCAUUCCAGCCUCGGUCCCCGCCGCGGUUUCGGCCUCGGUCCCGUCACCGACUGUGACUCCCAGUGCUGCUCCUAAGACCUCGGCAGGCACCACCGACCCGGAAGAGGCCACGAGGCUGCUGGCUGAGAAGAGGCGGCUGGCCCGAGAGCAGAGAGAGAAGGAGGAAAGAGAGAAGAGGGAGCGGGAGGAGCUCGAAAGACAGAAGAGAGAGGAGCUGGCUCGGAAGGCGGCGGAGGAGAGAAGCCGGCGGGAGGCAGAGGCCAGCCGGCUGGAAGCGGAGCAGGCCCGGGAGAGGGAGGAGCAGCUGCGGCGGCAGGCGGAGGAGCGCGCGCGCGAGGACCUGGAGCGGCUGCAGAAGCAGAAAGAGGAAGAGGCUCGCGUCCGCGAAGAAGCAGAGCGGGCCCGGCAGGAACGCGAGAAGCAUUUCCAGAGAGAGGAGCAGGAGCGCCUGGAGAGAAAGAAGCGACUUGAGGAGAUUAUGAGAAGAACCAGGAGAACAGAAGCCGCAGAUAAGAAAGCUGUUGAUCAGAGAAAUGGAGAUAUAGCCAAGGGAGCUCUCACUGGAGGAACAGCGGUGUCUGCACUUCCGUGUCUGAUGAACUCUCCAGGAAACGGAGACCCAGCGGCCAGCCCUCAUGUGGUUGCCUCACAUCAAUGCAAAGUGACCAUGGAGAGUACUCCCAAUUUGGAAAAACAACCAAAUGAAAAUGGAGUAUCUCUUGACAAUGAAAAUUUUGAAGAAAUCAUAAACUUACCCAUUGGAUCUACACCAUCCAGAUUAGAUGUCACCAACAGUGAGAACCCAGAGAUUCCUUUGAAUCCAAUUUUGGCCUUUGAAGAUGAAGGGUCGCUUGGGCCCCUGACUCAGGUAGAUGGUGUUCAAACACAACAGACAGCAGAAGUUAUAUGAGCAUUUCUUCUGAAGAACCAAAGCAGAAAUUUAAUAAGAAUUUCUACAAUUAAUGGAAUUCCUUCCAUGCUGGAAAGGAGCAUCCCCCAUCCUCCAGUUUUCUAAAGAUUUCUUGACCAUCAUUUUGAAAAGACUUUAUUAAAACUAGCUAAAGACAACAGACUGGAUAGCUUUUCUAAUCAUUUUCGCCAAUAGAAGAAAAAUGCUCCUCGUUCUUAAGUACUUUAAAAUGGCUUUUUCCAUUGAGCAAAUCAAUUUUUUUUUUUUUAAUUCUCUGAAAGCUUAGAGCGUUUGGUUAUAAAAGAAAUGGGCUGACUUGGCAUGACUUUUCACAUGGCUAUUUCGGUCUUUAAAAGCUAACAGGUAAAAUUGGCACCAAAAAAAUGUACCUUUUACAAUACAAUACUUGAAGAAUAAGUACCUCUUUGCUCUGCAAGUAGAGUGACUAGGAGAAGUGUUUGAAUUAAGCCUGUUUGUUUAAAUAAUAUUGCAAGGAGCUCUAUUUGUAGAGGCAAAUUAUAGGCAGGUUACCAGGUUCUUGUAAAUGUAACUUGUACAUGGACAUUCUGCAAAUCCAGCAGUCACAUUCUUGCAUCUCUUUUUCCAAAAGUGUACUAACCAGUUUUUAAAUGUGAAGGGGAAAAGACAUUAUUUUUUCAGAGCAAGAAAAUAAUUUACUGUCCUCUUAAAUA